AUGACCAUGAAACAUUUCGACGUCUUUGAACAUAAGGUGCUAUCCUCCUAUGUGCGCGAGUACGCCGGAGCAACAAUUCUUAAUCAGGAAGAGAAGCUUUAUCUUCCCGUCAAACAAUACGUCCCACAACGAGGUCAUGUGAGCACCGCGAAUGUCCCCGCAGUCACGAUCAUUGCGGCCGCUGCUAUCGGCCCACCCAAGGAAGUUUACGAGCCUGUUUGGGAGGCUCUUUACGAGCAAUCUUCAGCGCUUGGCUUCAAAAUCGGCAGCAUCUGGAUAGCGGAUCCGGUCAACAUAGCACAAGGAGAAUGUCUCAACCAUGGAAAAUUGGGCGAAGAUCCCUCAUGGAUGGACCAUAGCCGGGACCUCAUGCAGAUGAUCAACCAAUUCCGCGAUCAGAUGCCUCGCCCUCUCAUGGGAAUCGGACACAGCGCGGGUGGUGCGCAAAUAGCAAACAUAGCAUUCAUGCACCCUCGUUUGCUAUCAAGCCUAAUUUUCCUCGAUCCGGCCAUCCUCAAGACACCCCCGACACCUUUCAGAGAGCAUCCUGUGUUUCAUAAAUUCAUUCUCGGCCGGCCUGCCUCGUGGCCGUCGCGCGCGAAAGCAGAGGCCUCGCUCACGAAAUCCCCCAAUUAUAUGACCUGGCACCCGCGUUCCUUACAACGGUUCUUUGAGCAUGGUCUUAUUGAACUCACAGAGGCAAACCCGCAAUUAGAGGACUCGAGCAAGGAAAGGCCCGUCGCUUUGACUACCUCCGUGGCACAGGAGAUACACUAUAUGGGCAGGAGAUCUCUAACACAGCGACUAGCUGAUGGAACAUUGAUCACAAAUUAUGAAGAAACGCCGGAUCUCGAUCCUAUAGAUGCUGAACGGGAUGACCCUCUUUAUCGCCAUGAGAUGCGUGCCACAUGGGACCGGUUACCGGAAUUAAGGCCGUCAGCGAAGUUUAUUCUUGGUGGCAAAUCAUAUACCCCUUUGCAUGAACUUCAGGAGGGUGCUCAGAGGUGCGGUACUGGGCGGAGUGGCUCAGGGGGCGCUCAAAAAGGUCGCGUAUGCCAGGUGGUGUUGAAAAAGGGAUCACAUUUCUUCCCAAUGGAGUUGGUUGACGACACUGCAAAGGAGUGUGCGACUUGGAUAUCGCAAGAAGUACAUCGGUGGGUCAAGCAGGAGCAAAAAUUUAGAGAGGGGAUUAAGCAGCGCCUCCAGAAUGGUGAUCGUAUUGGCGAGGAGCUUGCGCCCUGGAUGAGGGAGGUGAUGGUUUCAUGUGCUGCUAUAGGGAAGGCCAAGGCAGCACAGGCAGCAAAGUCAAAGAUCUAG